GGAAUUGUAUUAGUUGAUUUAGUUUGCCCUUCGAUUUGACCCAUGUACGAUAAUUGUUUAGUUAAUAUUAAUUUAGCACUGUCUAGGUGCCUGUAAAAUAUUAGGAUAAGAGGCACUUCAUGUCUUGCUUAAAAUGUAAUCGGGCACAGAAACGCUUAUCAAACCGUGUCGCGUGUGUGGCCUGAAUCAUACAUAAUCUAGAUAAGGCAGGUGUGUCUACAUCUUUCGCUGGCCCCUUGGCACGGAGUUAACUGCCAAACAGCCACAAACCACAUUUAAUGAGUCAUUUGACUUGCCUGCCCCAUAUCGGCAUUUCAAGUUGAUAAAACGAAAACGCACAGCGAAAGACGUCCGGAAUGCCACCCUUUUGUUGUGGUGGCCGCCGCUGUGCCAAGGACUUGGUGGAUGAAAAUCUGAACGAAGGUGGUCGCGAGUCGCUGAGGGAGCCGAUAUACACCACGACCGCGGAGUAUGAACGACCAUUGUCCCUGAAGUUUUAUGCCCGCCACGACUGGCCGUAUUUUAAUUGCACGCUCCAAGAGGGGCAGCGCAUACGGGAGAAACUUGACCCGGUGUCACUGCAGAACACACGUAAAAUGAUCAGCCUGGACAAGGGCGUGGACGAGGAGUACGAGAUGAAGCACAACACGCCGCAGCCCAUGACUGUCAACCAGAUAUACGGAUGGUACUCGGAUAGAGCCCACCGCUAUCUGAGGCGCGACCGCGGCACAUUCGUCUUUCCUCACGAGAACGAUCCCAUGAUUGAGCAAAUUUUAAGGAACAAACUCAAACGCUCUUAAAGUUUCCUUCGUGUUGCAAAGUUUAGUUACAGAAAAUUUUGUUUUUCAAUAUGAACACUAUUCUGACGAAAUUAAAAGUGACCAAAUGAUACUACUCCUUGCUUCU